AUGGAAUUGAAGUUGCAUAGUGAGGAUAUCCCUGCUUGCAUCUUUUUUCAUACAGGUUCAUUAAAAUACCAUGAAGGUUGUUCAUGCUUUUUUUUUUCUUUUUUUAGAAAAAAUGUGGAAGACUUCACUGGUCCCAGAGAAAGAAGUGAUCUAGGCUUUGUUACAUUUGACAUUACUGCCGAUCUGCAAACUAUAUUUGAUUGGAAUGUUAAACAGUUAUUUCUGUAUUUAUCUGCAGAAUAUUCAACGAAAAACAAUGCCCUGAACCAAGUUGUCCUUUGGGAUAAGAUCAUUUUGAGAGGAGAUAAUCCAAAGCUGUUACUAAAAGACAUGAAAUCAAAAUAUUUUUUCUUUGAUGAUGGAAAUGGUCUCAAGGGAAACAGAAAUGUUACUUUGACUCUCUCCUGGAAUGUUGUACCAAAUGCUGGCAUUCUACCUCUCGUGACAGGAUCAGGACAUGUAUCUGUUCCAUUCCCAGAUACUUAUGAAACAGCAAAAAGUUAUUAAGUUAUUAUGCUGAAUCCUAAGCAACAUAUUUUUAUACUUGUAUAUAAUGAAUAAAUUUUAUCAUUUUUUUUCCUCCUAUCCCCUGCAACCAGAGGUACCUGAUUUCUUUGGUCUAAUUGAGCAGGAAAAGAACAGCUGAAAUUUAGCCCUUACAAAAUUAAAUAAAACAUUGAUGCUAAAACUUCAAGGAAAGGUAAACUGCUGGUUUAAUUUUUUUGAGAAACUACCUUUUUUUCUUUUGUUGGCCAUGUGGGUAGAAAAAUAUGUUUCUUAUAAAUAAACAUUUAAAAUCAAAACAGUUUGAUUAUUUUUAAAUGUAUAUGAAAGUUCUUUAUGUAAUCCAUCCAAAGUUCAAUGCACAAAUGUCAGUGUUGUAGUUAAAAAUAUAGUAGUAUUUACAUGUUCAUAGGCAAUGUGACUAUUGUAUUGUGUUUUUCAGCUGCUGCUAAAUAAGCAAGUUUAGAAUGCUGCAUUAAGGUAGAUUGUUUGCUUUCUAGUAGCAUCAAAAGCAUUCUGUGGAAAUUGUGAUUCUUUGAUGGCUCAUAGGUAAUAAUCAGGAGUAUUUUGUUACUAUUCCAGCUCAGAUUUGAUGUUGGUUGGGUGGAAAUCCUUAUUUGAAAGAUUAAUGUAACAUUCAUACAAUUUUACAAGAAUAGGUGUUUAAAAAAACCACAUCUUUUAAGAGUUGUUUACAACACAGAUUCUGGAGAAUUCGUAAGCAGGGUAAAACAGUAAGAGAAUACCUCUAGCAUAUAAUUUUUUGCUUAGUCGUAAAAAGUUUAAGAAAUGCACCAAGAGCGUGAAUUUUUCUCACACUUGCACAAAUAAAUAGUUUUGGGUUAAUUAAAUGAAGAAGAUAAUCUCCAAGCAUUUAGGAUGUGUUGUGCAGUAUACAAAAUAAUCCAAAAUAAAAAAGUACUCAUAGAAUGCAUGAUUUUCUUGUAAAAUAUUUGGAAUUUUUGACUUUCAGUAUUCUAGGCAAGCAAAAUUCAAAUAUAGUAAAACUCUGAGGAUAACUAAAGUUAGACUUUCAUAGGAAUAGAUUAAAAAAGAUUGGAACUACUUAGCUAGGAGACAAAAUACUCAAUGAAAUUAAAAAGCCUACAAAUUAAAAACCUGAUUGAAGGAAAUACUAUCUUGUACAAUUCAUAAUAAGUCUGUGAAGUUUAUUACCCCAAAAGCUGAGCAGAAUUUUAAAAAGAUGCAAUAUUUAUAUACAUAUAAAAUCAAAGUCAGUUUUGUUAGUUAAAAUAAAACCAAAUGGAAUAAUUGAAUUCAGCAAGAAAUACUCAUUUUGGUAGAUUAUUUCAUAAUUGACCUCUGUGAAAUAUGUUGCCUUCUCCUAAAGUAUGUGAGAGCAGCAAUUAUCAAAAACAGAACAGUAGAAUGGACAUUUAGUGAUCCUCUAUGACAGUGGUUCUCAAACUUCAUUGCAUCAUGACCCCCUUUUGGCAACUAAAAUUACUGUGUGAUCUCGGGAAGAGGGAGGGAGAAGAACAACCAACAACUGAGCCUGCCCUAGCCCUGCCACCCCAGCCAAGGGCAGGUUGGGGGAGUGAAGGCCAUGGCUUUAACCCUCAAGUUUUAUCUUCAACCCUGGAUGGUAGGUCUAAGGCAGAGAGGUCCUGGGCCCCAGUAAAUCUAAUAAUAUUCCUUGCAAUCCCAUUAAAACAGGGUUCUGACCCACAGUUUGAGGAACCUCUGCUCCAUGACAAAUCCAUGUUGAUAUAAGUGAUUUGACUCUUUAAAAAAAUUCAGACAGUUUGCACAGGAUUAUCUUUUCAUCCCAACAGCUUGUUCUUUGUGAGGAGGCUGGAUAACAGCUGUCUGCCACCAUGCUGCCAGGGUGUGUAGAAAAUUUUGCUCCAAUACCGUGUGUCCUAGGUCAUCUAUGUGCAGUGGCAGUAGGGUGACCAGAUGCUCUGAUUAUUUUAGAGACAAUUCUGAUAUUCAGGCAUUGUCUUAUAUUGGCAUCUAUUACCUCCCCAUCCCCAGUCCUGAUCUUUCACAGUUGCUAUUUGAUUACCCUAAUGGCAGCUUACUGUAUGUGUUUCUUUCUGGCCUUUUUCUGUUGUGCAUCUCCUUCCUUUAUGAGAAGGGUAGAAAGUGGAUUAUACCUCAAUGCAUACAAUUAAUAGCAUUUAAGAGGGGCAUGGAUUAUGUGGUUUAAAAAAAAAAAAAAGUCUGCGUAAGAAUGUACAUAGGCCAAGAUUUUUAUAAGUGCCUUGAUUUUUUUGGAUGCAUCUAUGUUUGUGUGUUCAACUUGUGGCUCUUUAAAGAGUGCUGAUUUUUCAGAGGGUAAGUAAGUGCUCAGCACUUUCCAUUUCCAAACUUUCCAGGCAUCUCAGGUUGGGUGCUUGAAAAUUCAUGCUCUUGAAAAGCUUGACCAUCCAACUGAAGCAGCUGCACUCAACUAUAAAAUGUAUCUUUGUAUUCAUGUUUCUUUGGAGGGACUGUUAGUGAGGUUCUGCCAACUUGAUUUCUCUGCGCUUAAAUGUGUUUACUCUUGCCUGCUUUGCUGCAGAGAGAAAAACACCACCGUUUGUUUGGAGUACCAAAAUAGAAUUUUGUACUGUGGGCAUUUUGAAAAAUGCGUUUUAAUAAACCGUUUUAAACAGUA